AUGACGUUCAGUUCUGCAGAUCGUCUGAUAUCAACGUCUUUGAGUGCGCGGGCACGCAGCGGGCGCGCGCAGGGUUCAUCAUGUCCUCCAGGUGUGUUCUCCUGUAGUCACACCAGCACAGACAGCCGUGAUCAAACCUUCAUCAUCAUCAUCUUCAUCAUAUCUCCCGCCGUGUGUGUGUUGAUGAUGCGACUGUUGGUGUUCUGGACAGUGGUGUGUGUUCUGUGUGCUGGAGCGAGAUGUCUCCCUCUUGUGGAUGUGAAGGGCACGGGUGACUGUACCCCUGAAGAUGCCAGUAUGAGGGGUAACACAAACGGACCGACGGCAGACUGUGAGGUGCGGGAGACAGAUGCUGUUCUAAAUACUGAAGAGAGACACGACAACCUGCUGAGAGAGUUACAGGAACUAGCAGAACAAGAGAAAGAAAGAGAGCAAAAAUACACCCGUGAGACAGACGAGUACGAACAGAAUGACACUGACCAGGAGGAAGAGUGGGAUGAUGAUGAUGAUGAUGAUGAGGAGGAGGAGGAGGAGGAGGAGGAAGAUGAGACGGUGAUGAAGACUGAGCAGAAUGAAAGAGAGCUGGAGGAGCUGCUGGACGACGAGAUCAGAGAGACUGAGACGCAGAGGAGACAAGACGAGCAGCUGGAGGAACUUCUGAAAGAACUGAAGAACAAACGACUGGAGAAGAAACUCAGGAAGGACGUUCCGUUACGGGAGGAAGAGGAGGAGAAGAGGAAGAGUGAGCUGGUGCUGGAGAAGGAGAAGGUGGAGACGGAGCUGAAGGAGCUGCUGGAGGAGGAGAUGAAGGACACCAACACCUGGAACAAACAGAAGGAGAAGGAGGAGAAACAGGAGGAGCUGCAGGAGCUGAUGAAGAAGAUGAAACACGUGCAGGAGGAAGAGCAGGAGAGGAAUGCGACAGGCGGGGAGAGAGAGAUGGGUCCAGAGAGUGGAGGAGAGACAGACAGGAAAGAGCUGCAGCAGAAGCGAGAGAUGGAGAAUGUCAGUGAUGAAGCAACACAACAGUUUGACAGAGAGGAAGAGGACGACACACAGCAGAAGGACGAUGAUGAUGAAGAUGAGGAGCUGUUAGAGAUUGAAGCCGAGUUGAGGAAAGUGGCGGCAGAACUACGUGAACUUCGGAUGGGAUAAACACACAUGGUACAUGCAUCAGGAUUUACUCAGAAAUGUAGAAAUCCCAUAAGAAUGAACACAACAGGCGCACACACACACACACACACACACACACACACACACAUCAUGAACACACACUCAUGAACACAACCAGAUACAAGCCAUAAAGCAGUUACAUCGAACACACACACACAUCUGCAUCUCACAGCUACCAUUGUGAUUAUUAAUUUCACUGCCGCCUCAUUUCUAUAAUCUGUAGACAUAUUCAUAUCUAUAUUGUAAUGCAAUAUAUGAGUCUAAUUACGUGUAAUAACACAAACAUGCACAUGUGAUGAAGUAAUAAUAUGAUUUGUGCUUUCGACUGUUACUGUAUAUCUGUUUUUUAUGCUGAUUUAUGGCUAAAAACUGUUCUGAGGUCAGAACACAAUCUGUUUCCUGAUCACAUGACCAGCUGGAUCGGUUCAUAUUCUGCAGGUGCGAUUGAGGAGUAAGAGCACAAUCGAGUGUGUAUAACUGUGUGUGUGUGUGUGUGUGUGUGUGUGUGUGUGUGUGUGUGUGUGUGUGUGUGUGUGUGUGACAGGAAACACUUGUGUUCUUUCCUUGUAUGUUGCACUUUCCUGUAACAUAGCAGCCAAUGAGAGCAGGUCUGGCCUCAGACUCCGCCCACACACAGGGAGAGUCGGGAAGCAAACGAGCAAUAAGAGGAAGUGAUGUUUGAUGCGUGCAGCGUGAGCCACAGAACUAUAUGGAUCAUAUUUAUUGUGAAUGUAAACAACUUACAAAGAUUAGCAGAAACUAUAACACAUGUGAUUAUGAGACUAGAUCGUAUGACUUGUUUUAACAUGUUCUAAAGUAAUAAAGAUCUGUUCUCUGGACACACACCUGCCUCCGAGUGUUUCUCAAGCUCAUGGGGAAAUUAGUUUCACCAACAGUGCACAAUUAAAGUCAAUUAAAGCCCAAUUAAAGAAGUUGUUUGACCUUUUCUUUAGCCCCGCGUGGUCACGCUCAAUACUGUAUAGCUCAUUUAUUUGAUAUAUGUUUUAUAUGAGCUUGUUACCAAAAUUUGGG